CGAAGUACUCAUUUACGGCCUGGUUCUUUCUAUCUAACAUGGCCAUAAAUUCUGCUCGAGUGACCAGACCAUCUGCUGGUACUUCCUGAUUCGAAGACAGACCUCUGGGGAUUUCCAGUGUCUUCGAGGUCCUAAUCCCCUACUUGAGACGAUGAAGGAAUUUCAUACAUCGUGGAAUUUCCGCCAGAACGACGUCGCAUCCCUUUAACCCGUACACCUGGGACAACACGUGGCACAAUCCUCAUUGAGUCUUAAUAAAGACAGUUUCUGGUGUCUUUAACUACUUUUAGCUUGGCUUGACUUGACUACCGUCCUAAAGGAAGAAAAGAAAUCCAAAAGAAGUCAAAGACGAAAGAAGGGUAUGUCCUCUUUAUGUUCGAAACAACAACUUUCUUUUAUAUAGAAAGAGCUUAUGUAUAUAUAUAUAUCUUUUGUUUUUUUUCCUUCGUUGAGACCGGGAAGGGUAAAAGAAAUCCAAAAGCAUUUGUUAGAAGAGGUGUUUGCUUUGUCACCGCUAAAGCUUGAGGUUUUUCCAAAAGACCACCCCCAAUAGGGUUUUUCUCACUGCUUUUGUCUGCCCGACUUACCGGAUUUUGAUUUGGCUCUUCGCCCCGAACAAGGGGACGAUCUCGUUUUAAUCGCUCUCGCGCGUAUGUUAAGCGUUCAUUUUGCGCAUUCUUCUGUCUUUCUAGAGCAGUCGUUUGGGUUUCGAGCGGAUCGCCGGGUGUUCUAUGGCCGAUUAGUUGGAGGGGGCAGGGUAAGAAAGCUUUUCAAAUUGGAUCUGACAAAUCAAAUUUCCCGUACCCGAAAGCUGAAAUCCUUGGUGAGGGAUAGGUACGUUUUUGACUUGGUUUCAUCGUUUUUAGCAAUACCUAUUUUGGAUAAAAAAGGAAAGGAUUGGUCUACUGGGGCUGGGAUACCACCCGCUGACCUUACGCUGUGACUCAUAGAAAGAGAUCGGUAGACGAAAGUGCUCUAUAAGGGCUUCGAUGGUUUUCACCUAGUUGUUGCGAUUUCAUUUUUAUAGGAGUAGUAGACAUAGAACACAUCACCAUAAGUAAAAACUAAAUUCCUUGGAAGUAGAUCUUGCUUUCAUUGAAGUUCUGUUCCAAGGCGAAGAACUGAGAAAUAUAUAGUCAGAUUUGCCUCUCUAGCAACAGAAAGAAUCUCGAAUCUUGCACUCGCACUCCCUACGUCCCCCUACGUCCCUAUCGGGUCUCCUACGUCGCUUCACUCGUUCGUCGUUAUCACUCGGCCCUCGGCCCUCGUCCCUCACAUUCCAUUCAUUAGCUCUUCAUCUUAAUCUUUUAGCUUUUAUUAUAAGUAGCAGCCGGAGUGUGAUAGUACUUGUAGUUCUGAUCGGACUUGCUUCUUCCUUAUGCUAGGAAGAGAGAGCUUCGAGCAGAAAGAUUCCAUCAGGGUAAGGAAGCUGAAGCGCAAUAAAAUAAGAUGGAUCGAAGAUAGACUGCUACUACCAUGUCCCUAGCCAUUUUUCCUCUUUUUUCUUGCCUGCCUAUCCGCUUCUGUCAGCAUAGAAGGAGGAGAAAAGUCCAAGUCAAGUGCAAGCAUUGAGUCAAACUGAUUCAGGUAUAGCAAUGUAGGUCUUGUCCCCCUCUCCUACCUAGUGCACUAGAAUAGGUAGCAUGGGUCAGUAAGAAAGUUGUAUAUCUAGGACUUAUGAGAACUGACAUAAACUAGGCAACCACAGGAAUGAUCGUAGUUAAUUGAGUUAAGGGAGGACUCUUCGUGGGGGGUCGUGGAAGAAUUGGGUUCGAUUCCCGUUAUACGCGAUGUGGCGAAAAACACUUUAUCAACGAGAUCUGCCAUGCCUGCAUUAAGAUUUAAAGCGUGUCGUCUACUUCUAGGAAAUGUUCGGAAAAGAUCACUUUCUCUAAUACAACGCCGCAUUCUCCGAAGAUUGAGGAACAAGAGGAGAUCUAUUAAAAGAAAGAUUUAUCUGAGAUUGAAUCUAAACAGUAACAUUAAAUCACAAACUACACGAAAGUUGCCCCUUUCUUAUUGGGAUUUACCCAUAAGGGAGAUGCACAGAGGAAGAGAACGAACUUCAUAUAUCCCUUUUCUACUCAAUCUUGAAACAAGAUCGGACGUGAUUCCGGUUCGUCUCCAUUUUUGUGAGACUCUUCCUCAAGCAAGGCAGCCGAUAAGUCAUCGAAGGGUUUGUGUGAAUAAUGGACUGGUAAGCAUUAGAAAUAGCAAAGUUUCCCACGGUGAUCUAAUUGAUUUUCAAGAAAAUGACGCGAGAACCCGCGGUGAAGAAAGAAAAAUAAGGAGAUCUUUCUAUAUCGACAUAUCAGUUGGAAAAAGAAUAGGGAAAUUCCUGCCGGUCAGAAUGUGGAGAAGAACCAAAACAGAAUGGUGGAGCCUACUCAAAACUCAGAGGGGGUGCCGCCUACUACUCAAAUCCCGGUUUUUGCAAGAGUUGCGUUCUUCUAUGCAAGAAGAAGACUUAGAAAGAACAAAGAAGUUUGGAUCCGCAAAAGUAUGCUUAGGCAGUUCCUUCGCUGAGCACAACAGAAUGAAGAAGAAUUUGUUUCAUUUCAAAUACUUAUUAUUAUUGAAGAGAAGGAAGGAGAAAAACCGAAAUCUUCCUACUCGAACAAUCAGUCCUUUGGUUUACAAGUCUUCUUUAUAUAGUAAUUCGACCUAUUGCUCUGGAUCCCCCUUUACUAGGAAGAUCAGAAUCAAAAGGAUCGAACUACCUACUCAUUAUUCGGAGGUCAAUCAUAGAACACCAAAAGCUGUGGUAUCUUAUGGACCUAACAUAGGUCACAUCCCUCACGACAUAAGAUUGAAAGAUCCAAACCUUCCUCUUCGGAGCGGAAACGGGCGUGGCCAAAACAUAUAAGAAAAGAUCGGCGUAGUCGCUCAUAGGGACAUCUCUAUCCGGAUAGAGGAUAGUCUAGAUCAAUUUAUAGAUAGAUCUCUAUAUAAUUAUAUAUAGGUAUCCCGUGGAUAGAGAUAAAGAUAGGGAUCCCCAUCAGCAGUAUAUAUCUCUUAUGUCAAUUCCACACUAUUUGAUAAAAGUGCACUUUUUGACUACUACUUUCAUUCAUUUUAUCCGAGAUUCUGAUUGAUUGCCUUUUUGACUACUCCUAUUUCUUAUACUUAAAGCAAGGAAACAUCGUUUUUUCUUGUUAAAGCAAGGAUACUCGUUCCAUGAAUGUCACUCGUCUGGUCGGAGCGUAGACGAGCGAGCAGAGCCCAGAAAAGAGGUCAGACCGUCAUAGAGCAGUCGACUAGAAGUAUCAGACUGCUGGCCUGAGAGAAGGCAGUCUCUCUCGGGAAACAUGGCCCAAUUUCUCUUCUUUCUUUUCACACGGGCAAC